AUGAAACGGCGCAAAAAAGACGGUGAACUUCACGUACGGUUCAACGUUAAUAGUUUGACCAAAAUGAAGCGUGGCUCCAGAGAAGAACUCCUCGGGAGCUCUCAAGAUGCUCUAAGGAAUAGCCAGCAUGAUCUGCGCAACAAUUACGAGAAACCCCUCACCAAAGAAGAGAAGACAUAUCUUCUGCACGCUGACAGGGGCGACUACACUACUGUAAAAAGAUUGAUUGACCAGUACGCAACUAACCCUGAAAUUCUGGACAUCAACUGUGUCGACCCACUAAACAGGUCGGCUCUUAUAGCUGCAAUAGAAAAUGAGAAUAUUGAACUUAUUAAAUUAUUACUAGAUGCUGGUAUAAUGGUCAAGGAUGCUCUGCUGCAUGCAAUCAAAGAGGAGUAUGUAGAAGCAGUUGAACUGUUACUACAAUGGGAAGAAGAACACCAUGUCGCCGGAGAACCCUAUAGUUGGGAAUCCGUUGACCCAGCAGGUGCUACGUUUACUCCAGACAUCACCCCGCUAAUCCUCGCAGCGCAUACGAACCACUACGAGAUCCUGAAGAUCCUUCUGGAUAGAGGUGCCUCACUGCCAGUGCCACACGACGUAAAAUGCGGGUGUGAUGAAUGCGUGAAAUCUUCGCAGGAGGAUUCUCUCCGUCAUUCACAGGCCCGUAUCAACGCGUACAGAGCGCUUACAUCUCCGUCACUGAUAGCGUUAUCAUCAGCUGAUCCGCUCCUGACUGCUUUCCAGCUAUCGUGGGAGCUGGGUCGGUUGAGUCGAAUGGAGACUGAGUUUAGAGUUGAAUAUAAGGCACUGAGACAACAAUGUCAAGAAUUUGCUACCUCACUGUUGGACCAUACCCGAACCUCUAAGGAGUUGGAGAUCAUGCUCAACUACAACCCUUGGGACCUCGACAGCUGGGAACCUGGUGAAAGACAAACAUUAGGAAGGCUCAAAUUAGCUAUUAAAUAUAAACAAAAAAUGUUUGUAUCGCAUCCAAAUGUUCAACAGUUAUUAGGAGCAAUAUGGUAUGAAGGUUUGCCUGGUUUCAAAAGAAAAAACAUCAUAGGACAAUGUGUACAGGUAGCAAAAUUAGGAGUAAUGUUUCCAGUAUACUGCACCAUAUAUAUGCUAGCUCCGAACUCCGAGUAUGGCAGAUUCAUGAAGAAACCAUUCGUCAAAUUUAUCUGCCACAGUUCUUCUUAUAUGCUGUUCCUUGCCUUAUUAUCACUGGCUUCCCAAAGAGCAGAAUAUUUGAUAUUGGAGUGGUCAGGCAUACGGUGGUUGCAGCAGCUGGUGGAGUAUUGGAAGGAACACGAGCGAGGUUCUCUGCCGGGGCCUAUCGAGUUCACAGUCAUCAUCUACAUAGCAAGUUUGAUCUGGGCUGAAAUUAGAGCACUAUGGACUGGAGGUCUUAUGGAGUAUAUAAGCGAUCUUUGGAACAUUGUAGACUUCAUAACGAAUAUGUUCUACAUAGCUUGGAUUAGCUUACGUAUAUCCUCUUGGUAUAUUGUCCAGCGGGACUUUAAAAGUGGGAUGGACCCAUGGUACCCUAGAGAAAGGUGGGACUCCUACGACCCCAUGUUACUAUCUGAAGGGGCUUUUGCAGCGGGUAUGAUUUUUUCAUUCCUCAAACUGGUGCAUAUAUUCUCCAUCAAUCCAUACUUGGGACCGUUGCAAGUGUCCCUGGGGCGAAUGAUACUGGAUAUAUUGAAGUUCUUCUUCGUAUAUAUGUUGGUGCUGUUUGCCUUUGGAUGUGGUUUAAAUCAACUAAUGUGGUAUUAUGCUGAGUUGGAGAAGAAUAAAUGCUACCAUGCACCAAAUGGGCUGCCAGACUUUGAUAACCAAGAGCGAGCUUGCACCAUAUGGAGAAGAUAUGCCAACUUAUUCGAAACAUCCCAAUCCUUAUUCUGGGCUUCAUUCGGCCUUGUCGACUUGACAACUUUUGAGCUGACGGGCAUCAAGAGUUUCACCAGAUUCUGGGCGCUGCUCACAUUUGGGUCCUACUCGGUUAUCAAUAUAAUUGUAUUACUGAACAUGCUCAUCGCCAUGAUGUCCAAUUCGUACCAAAUUAUUUCCGAACGGGCAGACAUGGAGUGGAAGUUCGCUCGCAGUAACCUCUGGAUGUCGUACUUCGAGGAUGGCGACACGGUACCGCCACCGUUCAACAUAAUUGCCACUCCUAAACACAUUGUUGGCUGGAUCAAACGUUGCUGCAGUGACGUCAACCGAGGAUCUAUUUUAAAUAAAUCCCGAGAGAAGGCCCGACAACAGCAUGAGGCCGUAAUGAGAGUAUUAGUACGCCGAUAUGUAACAGCCGAACAACGGACUCGUGACGAAGUUGGCGUCACCGAGGAUGACGUCAUGGAGAUACGACAAGACAUAUCAACCUUGAGAUUCGAACUGAUCGACAUACUGCACAAUAAUGGGAUGAAGACACCGAGACUAAAUAUACAGGACAGUACAGUAUCGGGUAAAAAAGGCAAAGUAAUGGAAAGAAGAAUCCUAAAAGACUUCCAAAUAGGCAUCGUGGAGGGAAUCAUUAAAGACGUGAUAUCCAGAGAGAACAAACCCAAAGAUGUUUUCAGUCAAAUUGCAAAAGCCAUAGUGAGACGAGGAAGUGUUGACAGUAAAAAAAGAGACUGGAACACUUUGGUGCGCAACAACACAGUGCGACGUGAUCCCAUCGGCACUACAGUGGAGGCGCAAGCCAGGCGUGUCCGCCAGUCCCUCAGAAUACAUAUCCUGGAGAAUGUUUCCUCGCGGACCAUAGAUCCCCAGAAAUUAUUGGAAUACAAUCCAAAACUAUCAGAAGUGACACCAACUACACGAGUGGCAUAUGCCAAGUUUAUGAGAAGUAAAAUAAAAUCUGACUUCACAGCUACAGAGACGAUGGGAUUAGAGGAAAUAAGUUUAGAGGACGAUGUUUUUGAAUCGCCAAAAAGACAUGAUACUAAAAGACACGGUCGUCAACCAUUCCGAAGCAGAACACCUAUACCUGAAACUUCAGAUGACGAAUGUUUGAAAGAUUGCGAAGUACACAUAGAAGCAUACAUUGAAGAUAAAGGAUCAGAAGGCGGAUCUGAACAGACUCGACCAUUGAAAUCAUCUUCACAUGAACAUUCUGUACCAAGCACACCUGAUUUCGACCCGGUUAAUGACAAACUGUUCGCUCCUCCAGCACAGUUUGAAGUCAACGACUAUGUCAUCCAGAUAGAUGAACCUACAACUCAGACUAAGGCACUACGCAUGAACGACGUGGAAGAUACAAAUUUGCAGACUCCUAUUACUUCUAGUAAACAUUCUGAACAGAUCUUGUCAGCGUCAGCUUUAGAUGUGCAAAGCAGGCAAAUAACAUCCCCAUUCAGAGCUGAUGAUAGUCGCCUUUCAAGCAGAAAACUUGAAACUCCAAUACCAGCUGUUAGUGAGCAAUUGAUAGUGAGGUCUGCAUCCAGAUCAACAUUACGCAAUUCUAAAAUAAGUCCAUCAUCUUCACCUACUCUGACCAUGACAAAGGAGAAAGGGAAAUCUAAAGUAACGGGUAAAUUUGUCUCAGGGUGGCUGUAAGAGAUGUAUUGAUUAACUGACCAAUAUUGACGUAUUAGUGAGAUAACUAAAUGCCUUGUCGUUCGAGCAAUAAUUAGUAAUAAUAGGUAGUGAUUUUGUAGUUAACUUUAAAAAAUACACUGCUUUCUAAGCCUCA